CAGUCUGUCGCGUGGACCGAUCGCCGGCCGAUCUCCCUUCUGCACUCUGCGAUGACAGCGCAUUAGUUGCUCGCGCAAGACAACGGAGCCAACGAAAGCUGAUCGGUGCGCAUCGCGAACAGUCGACGUCGUCGUCGUCGUCGCCGUCGUCGAGGAUGGUGGAGAGCGGUUACAGUGGCGACUCAUCGAGAUCGCCAAUGACCGAGUCGUCGCCGUCGCCGCUACAGCACACCUACAAUCCUACGGCGAACACGCGACUGCUGUACUCGCGCUCGCCCGAUCGCCUUCACCACAACCAGCUGAGACUGUCGUCCAACAGCGGGAACAACGGCUCGUCGAGGGUGAGCGGCAGCGGCAGCAGCGCGUCCACUUCGGCGACCUCGCUGUUUACCAUCGACAGUAUUUUGGCGCCGCGGCCGAUGGGAAAUAUCCCGGCCGCUGCCGCGGCGGCCGCCGCCGCCGCCGCUGCCAGUUUGGCCGCGCUUCAGGGCGCCGAUAAUCACGCCGGCGCCGGCAGCAAUUCCGCAUCCGUUGCUGCGGCGGCGGCCAGUGCUCAGGUCAACGUGAACGCGAGGAACGCUGCGGCGGCCGCCGCCGGUGUGCACCCGCUCCAGCAGCAGCUCCAUCACUUGGCUUUCACGUCUGCGGAUUUCCUCGCCGCAGCGUAUCCCGGCCUCUAUCCCAACAGUUACGUGGCCGCAAUGGCAGCGGCGGGCUUGCACAGCCAGCCGGGCUUCUAUCACGGCGCGCACCCUUAUCAAUUGAGCCCGAACGGCGGGCCGGGCGUUGGGCCGAUGGCAAAACGCAAACGACGCCACAGGACCAUAUUCACGGAGGAGCAGCUCGAGCAGUUAGAGGCGACUUUCGACAAGACCCACUAUCCCGACGUGCUGCUGCGAGAGCAAUUGGCGCUGCAAGUCGACUUGAAAGAGGAGAGGAUAGAGGUGUGGUUCAAGAACAGACGAGCAAAAUGGCGCAAGCAGAAGCGCGAAGAGCAGGAGAGGCUGCGCAAACUCCAAAUGGAGCAGCGUACGCGUGCCAAUAGCUCGGCGACCCCGGAUCCCGUUAGUGUCAAUUCGCUACGAGUGUCGGCGGGUCAUUUGGUAACCAGCCGACAGCAGCACAAUGAACAAGAUACCGAUAGCUCGGACCUCGAGGUGGCGUAGUCGUCUGCGAACAAUGCUACUCCAUUCAUCCAUUGUCCCUUCACCGCAGUGUCCCCGCGUUAUUCGUUUCCUGUUUUCGGGGUUGUUGAUUAUACUAAAUCAUGAGAGAUUUAAACUUCCGGUGAUUUAUAUUAUUAUUCCUUUUUCUUUCGAUCCGUACUACGCUAUGGCACGUUACUACCCUGAAGUUAAAAAAAAAACAUUCGGGCUCCCCAGCGACGUAUAUACAUAUAAUACACAAGCUUUGUCUUUCGAGAGAGCAAUCUUACUUUUUUUUAAUGCCAAAACUAUAGCUCUCUGAAAAUAAGUGGCAAGCAUCCAGACUGAAUAAAAAGAAUCUGCGUUCAGAGAGAUGAAAUUGAUAUAAUUGUAUAUAAUGAAUUUUGGACUGCGAAUCAUAAGUUAUAUAUCGAUUUUUAUCGCGAUCUCUUGUUUCUAGUUAGAGAAAAAUUAUUAUAGCAAAGUGUUUUUAGGAACCAUUGACAUCAAAGAGAAAAAAUCUAUUACACAUUCGACAAUCAGUCAUUUCCACGACAAAGAAAAAAAAAAGAAAACGUUUUCCUACAUGCAUAGCGCACACGCGUUCUCAAUUGCGCUCGAAACUUACGUUUUUUCCGUUUCGAUUGCCAAAUGAAAACGAAGAAAGAAAAAAAUACACGUGCGAUAUGUGUGCUACCAAAAAAGAAAAAAAAUAAAAAGAAAAAUAUAAGCGGAUCCUUUUUUUGUAUCACGUCGAGAAUUGACUACAAUGUGGCGAGUUUCCAAUCGAUUUUUAAUCUAUGUGCAAUUCUCUCGAUCGAAUUUUUGAGUGUGUAAAUAUAUAACACAAGUUUAGUAAGUUAGAGAGAGAGAGAGAGAGAGAGAGAGAGUGAGAGAAUGAAACUAUGUAAAUAAAUGCGAUGUUUUGUAAAUACGGUUGUGCGCUGAGUGUGUAUAAUAGCGAGCUAUAAGUCAUAGAACGAAGUAUUAACAAAUUACCAGUGACAGCGAAUUUUUCACUAUUGUUUUUUAUCAUUCCGUUCCCACCGAUGGAAAGUCAUUCAACAGACACGUACGUACUACAAAAGGAAAAUAGGGAGCUUCUUUUUAUA